ACAUAUAUUGGAGUUUUUAGCAUUCGACAAAAUUUGAAAUGAGUGUCUUUAGAAAAUUACGUGAACCAACGUGCAGGCAAUUUUUUUUCAAAUUGUUACGUUUCUACAGCAACAAUGUCGGAGACAGUAAACCACCAAUUCAAAGCGGAGAAGAGCCAUCGAAAAAAUGUGAUGGCGACUCAAAAAAAGCGGCUGAUGCCAAGGGCAGUGACAAGUCAAAGGGUUGUACACAGCUUAAGGCCGCAAGCAUUUGUAGCAGGGAUGCAAAAGCGGUGGGAGGUUGUGCACCAAAUGACCCAAGAGCAUCUGCGAAUAAAAAAGAGUCCGAGCAAGCGAAGGCAAAAGUCAAAGCCACAUUGAUCGAUGGCGUUGGUGUGGGUCCCGAACUGACCAAAGCUGUACAGACAGUUUUCUGUGCCGCAGAAGUUCCAAUAGAAUGGGAACAGUUUCAUGUCGAAGCAGAUUGUCAAAAGUUAGAGCCCGAACUUGUUACUUCAGUACUAAAGAACAAGUUUGGCCUCAAGGGCCCAGCUGCAAACAGCAAAUGGCUUAUUGAGCUACGUAAGCAGCUAGAUUUGUAUGCCUUUGUGGCCGUUUGUCGCAGGAUUGAGGGCUGCCAAACACCUUAUGGGAAUCUCGAUUGUGUUAUUAUCCGCGAUCAGACAGAGGGCGAAUAUUCGGGCAUUGAGCAUCGCGUGGUGCCGGGUGUAAUGCAAACCAUCAAGAUAACCACCACCAAGGGGGCCAAUCGCUUGGCGCGUUAUGUUUUCAAAUAUGCGACCGAAAAUUGCCGUAAAAAGAUCACCGUAGCCCACAAGGCAAAUAUUAUGUGGCUGACGGACGGCAGCUUUCUGAAGGCCAUGCGCAAGGAGGCUUCCAAGCAUUUGGAGAAGCUUCAGUUCAAGGAGCGCUAUCUGGAUACGGUCUGUUUAAAACUGAUUAUGAAUACGGAAGCGAGCGAUGUGUUAGUCUCUUCCAGCAUGUACGGCGAUGUUCUCACAUUGAUUUGCGCAAACAUAAUGGGUGGAAUCGCGUUAUGUCCGUGCUUCAGUGUCAGUCCAAAGCUGAAGCUUUACGAUUGCAUGAACUUCGAAGGCUGGGAUAUAGCUGGCAAGGAUAUUGCAAAUCCCACGGGCAUGUUGCUCUCCUCUGUUAUCAUGUUACGUGAUAUGAAGUUGGAGGAAUAUGCCAACAAAAUCGAGUGCGCCGUACUAACUGUCUUUAAGGAAAGCAACUGCCGCACAAAAGAUUUGGGCGGCACGGCUACUUGUUCAGAGUUCACGCAGGCGAUUUGCGAUUGCCUUGAAAUGAAAUCAAAAGAAUCAGACUAGCAGUAUCACAAGCAUAAAUGUGAUAUUUAAUAUAUUUUUGCAAACAUUGCAUUCGUUAAUUUGAAUAAAAAUGUUCAUUCUUCACAACUGACCUAACUUGAAACUUA